AAAAUCACGCAAAUCCCAUACAGCUAAAUAAGAGCGUGGACAUUUGCAGCAGCAACAGCUAACACAUGAACUGUAUUUACUGAUUUUCUUUUCUGCUUCGCCCGACUUGGCAAAUUACUUUGGGACAAGCUUUGACAUACCUUAAGAACCCGGCACCGGAGAUCAGAGAGGAUGUUCAAAAAAUUCGAUGAGAAGGAAAAUGUGUCGAACUGCAUCCAGCUAAAAACAUCAGUGAUCAAAGGCAUCAAAAAUCAGCUGUUGGAGCAGUUUCCUGACAUCGAGCCAUGGCUCAAUCAAAUAAUGCCAAAAAAGGACCCUGUUAAAAUAGUCAGAUGCCACGAACACAUAGAAAUCCUGACAGUGAAUGGAGAACUCCUUUUCUUCAGACAGAGGGAAGGACCAUUCUAUCCAACCCUCAGACUGCUCCAUAAAUAUCCUUUCAUUCUCCCACACCAACAAGUGGACAAAGGAGCUAUUAAAUUUGUGUUGAGUGGAGCAAAUAUCAUGUGUCCAGGUCUCACUUCACCAGGUGCCAAACUCUACCCUGCUGAUGUUGACAAAGUGGUUGCUAUUAUGGCGGAGGGAAAGCAACAUGCACUUUGUGUUGGUGUAAUGAAGAUGUCAGCUGAAAACAUAGAGAAAGUCAACAAGGGAAUCGGAAUCGAGAACGUUCACUAUCUGAACGACGGUUUGUGGCACAUGAAGACAUAUAAAUGAUGAUGUUGCCACCUGCACCACCCAAGCCAGGCCAUACAAGAUAAUAUGUGGGAAGAUUUUGUCAUUGAGGCGUGAGCUGCAAUUUAACUGUUUACACCUACGCACUUGGCUCUGUAACCUGCUGGAGGCUGUAAAUCAACCCUCAAGAUGCACAAAUAAAGAAAAGAUCCUGCUUCAA